AUGGACGUCCACGCACCUACCAACACGUGCGAACCGACGUCGACGCCGUUUCUGACUGACACAGUGACGCCAGUGCUUGGCGAGUGCCGCAUUUAA